GGGGGCAGUCCAAAAGAAGCAGCGGACACCGUGGCCAAUCAGCGGGUAGGGCGGGGCAGGCGGGGCGCACCUGGCCGGAAUCGCUCGGUGAUUGGCGGCUGGUUCGACGAGGCGAAGCCAAUGAGGAGCGGGGACAAGCUGGGCGAACCUGGUAGGGGCGGGGCGGGAGCUGCUACGCCAACUGCGUAUGGGGUUGCGAGGGGGUGGGGCCUUCGCCGGCACCUGUGUCCACCCGUCCGGCGCCUUCCGCUGCUGACCCCGGCUGGCGGCUCCCCAGCGCCCAUGGAGCCUGUGCAGGUGCCCGACGCCGACGCCUUCCGGGCCUUCCAGGCUCAGUGCGAGGCGGAGCGCGGCUGGCAGAGCAGGUACAGCCGGGAGGGCGUCGGGGUGUGGGUGCAGCCGCCCGCGCCCGCCGGCCCCGCCGUGCACACGGUCAAGUGCCGCAUUGACAUUCAAGAUGUGCCAGCAGAGACGGUAUAUGAUGUGCUGCAUGACAUUGAGUAUCGCAGGAAGUGGGACAUGAACGUCAUUGACACACACGACAUUGCCCGUCUUGCCGCCAAUGCUGAUGUGGGCUACUAUGCCUGGAAGUGUCCAAAGCCCUUAAAGAACAGAGAUGUGGUGACACUGCGAUCCUGGCAGGUUGUGGAUAAAUCUUACAUGAUCAUCAACUUCUCUGUCAAACAUGCGCAAUAUCCUCCCCGAAAGGACCUGGUAAGGACUGUUUCUAUCUUGGCGGGAUACUUGGUACAGUCGACUGGAUCAAACAGCUGCACCUUGACUUACCUGGCUCAGGUGGACCCCAAAGGGAAACUGCCAAAGUGGGUUGUGAAUAAAGCUUCCCAGUACCUGGCACCAAGGAUGCUGAAGAAGAUGCAUAAGGCCUGCUUGAAAUACCCCUCCUGGAAACAGCAGCACAAUGUCAGUGUGAAGCCCUGGCUGUACCCUGAGCAGAACAAGCUCCCCACCAUGAUGCUGUCAGACCUGGCACUCCAGCAUGCUGCCUCUCUGGAGAACAUUGACGAGAGCAGCCUGUCGGAGGUGAAGGAUGAGAGGGGAGACCACAGUGGCUCUGAGAACUGAUGCUGCUUGGCUCUUUUCCAGGAGCAACACUGCACUAGACUGUUUUUGGACUCUUCCUGACAGUUUUACAUUAAAGGGGGGAAAUGUAUUUUUAUGCCCAGGGUUUGUAGUUCUUCCUAUCGUGACCCAAGAGACCAUGUUUAGGCCUCAGGCACAGAGGGGUGUCUGUGGACAGUGACUGAGUGGGGAGCUUACAGUGCCUGGGGCCCAUUGUGCUGACACAGCUAUCGCAGUGAGCAGGGUAAAUCUUGAGAAAUUAUCAGACAUCUGAUCGGAUGGUAUGAAUUGCUUCUGCUUGAUGAUCCUUUCUGUCCUUUGACCAAGAUCUGUUGCUUCAUACGAAGGUAAAGAUAUCCAUAAUGCAUCUGGCCAACUGUGCUGUGCUGCCUCUUGGUGGGACUUGGUCCCUGAAGUGCUCAUGCUGCCCCAGUCUGAGAGUUUUUGCCUGUGUAUUCUGAGAGCCAUUAAGAACUGGACAGCAUUAGACCAAGUACCCUCCUACAGAAACGGGCAGCAGGAGUGAGUUUGGGGUGGACAGACAUGCCUACUUCCUGGGGCACUUCUGGGGAGAGAGGAUAAAUGUGUUUGCCUGUUCAGAGUUCAUGUGAUGCUACCUGUCAGAGCUGAGGAAUUCAUCUCCAGUGCAGGAGGGAGGCGUGUGCCCCAGAAAGGCCUUGAAGACUGACCCAAGUUUAUUGCUGCUGUAACUUGGGAUGUCACCCUGUUGCCCCAAGGCUGAACUUGACCCUAGCAAAGCAGGCUUGUAUUGAAUGGGGUGAUGUGAUAGGUAGCUGCAGCAGUGAAGCUGGAAAGGGAUAGAUGCAAAUAAGCCUCAGGGAAGCAGGUUGGCUUUGUUGUCAAGGUGACAGGAAAUGGUGGUGAGAACUGGGCUGCCAAAUGAUUAAAAAAAUUUACGAUUAAUCAUGAGAUUAAAAAGUCUUGAUUAAUGGCAGUUUUAAUCCCACUGUUAAUAUAAUACCACUUAUUUAAAUAUUUUUGCUAGUAUUUUUGGUUUGGUGUGUAGUGGGGGAGUGCAGUCUCUUUAAGCAUAGCACUCAGGAGCUUGAACACUUUUCAGCCAGCAGCAGCUAUUGUCAGCAGAACUCACUCCUGAGCCACCAGCAGCAGCAGACAGGCUCCCCCGUUCUCUGGCCCCAGCUCAGCAGUGACCAGCUACAUGGGCAAGGGGAGGGGGAUACCCCAACAUCAGCCUCCCCACCCCCACUCUGCACAGGAGGCUGGCUCCCAGUCAAGAGCAGCUUGGCCAGGGGCAGCUCCAUGGGGUGGAGAGGUGGGAGCUGCAGUGGAGGAGGACAGCAGGAGAUGGGGCACCCCUGCCCCAGAGGCAUGCAGCAGCACCCCCUGAGCAUGGUGCCUUGGGCAAUAGCCCCCCUUGUCCAGCUGGUGGCUCCCUACCUGGCCACCACUGAGUCCCAGCUGCAGAGGUCUGCAAUUAAUGCUCAUUAAAAAGUGUUAAUUUUUGAGUUAA